ACAGAGUGUCUUUAUCGCCGCCUAAACCAAACCAAACAACUUAAUAUGUACCCAAGUCUUUUACCCUCCUGUUUCAUUACACGUUUUUCUUGAUAAAGUAUACUUUACACACCAGUGCACGCAAGAUAUUUAAUAAAACAAAUGCAGACAUUUAAUACAGUAAAUUAUUAAGGCCACCUAUAUAUGAGACGAAGAUAGUGGAAAGUCCUAAUCUCAAUCUGAGAAGAUUGGUCAACACGACAUGAACGCGAAAUCGCGGAGGAGGUCCAGGUCGGUGUCUCCGGAUCUGAACCAGAGCUGGGACCGGCACGGCUCCAGGAGGAGCCGCUCACAAGAGCGAAAGAAACGACGAGAGCGGAGCCGGUCCGGGUCCAGACACCGAUCCGGAACGGGGUUAGGAAACAGAGCCGCGAGAAGGCAGGUUCGAUCCCGUUCGGGUUCCGCUGGUUUGAGAAGGUCCACAUCCCGUUCGGUUUCAAGGAGACGUUCCAGAUCUAGUUCUGCGAGGAAGUCGCGGUCCAGUUCUGGAUCUAGAGACGGUCUCAGGAGAAGCAGAUCCAAAUCAAGAGGCAGCCCAGCUAAGCGCUCCCAAUCCCGGUCCAGUUCGAGGGUACGUUCCGGGUCCCGAUCCGACUCUGAUUCUGGAAAGAGCGAGGGAAGCCGCUGCUGGAGACGGGAGCGAAAGAAAGCCUCACCGACCCGAGAAAGACGCCGAUCUGGAUCUGGAGACAGACGGCAGAAGAGGAAAGCAAGAAAGCACAAAAGUGAGAAGAGAGAGACCAAGAGCCGUCGGUCUGGGAGCUCAGACUCAGAGAGAGAGUACCGGAGGAGAGAGGGAAGGGAGAAGGAGAGAGAGAGCAGUGAGCGGCAGAGGAAAGAAACAGAAAGCAGAGAGGAGGAGCGUGUAGGAAGGGAGAAGAGGGAGAGAGAGGAGAGGGAGAGAGAGAGCAUUGAGCGGCAGAGGAAAGAAACAGAAAGCAGGGAGAGAGAGAGAAAGGAGAGGGAGAGCCACGAGCAGAAGAACCACAAGGAGAAGAGAGAUGGGGAGAGGAGUGUGAGAAAGAGUCCAGAAAGACAGAAGAGAGGGAGAAGGGAAAAAGGGAGUGGUGAAAUCAGCGAGCGGGAGAGAGCGUGCUUAGAGAGAGGGAAGAGGGAAAGGGGGAGCAGUGACAGCAGCGAGAGAGAAAGCCUGGGGAGGAGGGAAGUGGGGAGAGGUGACAGCAGUGAGAGGGAGAGAGGGAGGAGAGAAAGGCGGAGCGGUGACAGCAGUGAGAGACAGAGGAGGGAAAGGCGGAGCGGUGACAGCAGUGAGAGACAGAGGAGGGAAAGGGGGAGAGGUGACAGCAGUGAGAGGGAGAGAGAACGCCCAGAGAGGGGGAGGGAGAAGAAGAGAGGAGUAGGCAGGAGCUCUCCGUCUGGGUCCUCGGUUACGUCGGGCUCCUCUGAGUCCCAGUCUCGCAGCCCCGGGAGCAGCAGCAGCAGUGGCAGUGGCAGCAGGGGGCAGCAGCAGAGAAAGCAGGAGACCAGAGCCAAGGACCCUCGCUCUAUUCGGCAGGAGCGUCACGCUCGGGAGGACAUACUGAAGGCGAUGGAGACGCCCGAGGAGAAGCGCGCCCGCCGCCUGGCCAAGAAGGAGGCCAAGGAGCGCAAGAAGAGGGAGAAGAUGGGCUGGAGCGAGGAGUACAUGGGUUACACCAACGCAGACAACCCCUUCGGAGACAACAACCUGCUGGGCACCUUCAAGUGGCAGAAGGCUCUGGAGCUCAAGGGGAUCGGUCACCUGGGGGAGAAGGACCUGAAGGAACGGAACAAGCACAUCCAGGAGGAGAACCGCAGGGAGCUGCAGAAAGUGAAGCAGCUGCGUCUGGAGCGUGAGCGCGAGAAGGCCAUGCGGGAACAGGAACUGGAAAUGCUGCAGCGCGAGAAGGAGGCGGAGCAUUUCAAGACAUGGGCGGAGCAAGAGGACAACUUCCACCUCCACCAGGCCAAGCUGCGCUCGAAGAUCCGAAUCCGGGACGGCCGGGCCAAGCCCAUCGACCUGCUGGCCAAGUACAUCAGCGCGGAGGACGAUGACCUGGCUGUGGAGAUGCACGAGCCGUACACCUUCCUCAAUGGGCUGACCGUCUACGACAUGGACGAUCUGCUGGAGGACAUCAAGGUGUACAUGGAGCUGGAGCAGGGGAAGAACGGGGAUUUCUGGAGGGACAUGACCAUCAUCACUGAGGACGAGAUCAGCAAGCUGCGCAAGCUGGAGGCGUCGGGCAGGGGGCCUGGGGAUCGCCGGGAGGGCAUCAACACCUCGGUCAGCACCGACGUCCAGACCGUCUUCAAGGGAAAGACCUACAACCAGCUGCAGGCUCUGCACCAGAACAUCGAGGGCAAGAUCCGCGGGGGUGGCUCCAAUCUGGACAUCGGCUACUGGGAGUCCCUGAUGCAGCAGGUCAAGGUCUACAUGGCCCGGGCGAGGCUGCGGGAGAGGCACCAGGACGUGCUGAGGCAGAAGCUGUACAAGCUGAAGCAGGAGCAGGGGGUGGAGAGCGAGCCCCUGUUCCCCAUUGUGAAGCAGGAGCCCCAUUCGCCAGAGUCACAGUCCUGCAGCGACGGGGAAUCUGCAGCGGUGCCAGGCACCUCCUCUUCCACCAGAGGGCAGGAAGCUGGGGGAGAGGGACCGAGUGAGGGGCAGGGAGAGAACCAGGAGGAGAAGCAAGAUGAGGGACAGGGAGAGAACCAGGAGGAGAAGCCGGCUGAGGGGCAGGGAGAGGCUGUGCUCACAGAGGAAGACCUGAUCCAGCAGAGUCUAGAUGACUAUGACUCCGGGCGCUACAGCCCGAGCCUCCUGCAGAACUCGGACCUGCCCCUCGACACGCACCUGGUGGAGCCGGAAGAGGACCUGACCAGGCUGCAGGUGGCCCGCAAGCAGAUGCAGGUCACAGGCGAUGCCAGCGAGAGCGCGGAGGAUGCGUUUGUGCGCAGGGCGCGGCAGGGCAUGGGCGGAGACGAGGCCCAGUUCAGCGUGGAGAUGCCCCUGACGGGGAAGGUGUACCUGUGGGCCGACAAGUACCGGCCCCGCAAGCCGCGCUUCUUCAACCGGGUCCACACGGGCUUCGAGUGGAACAAGUACAACCAGACCCACUACGACUUCGACAACCCACCGCCCAAGAUCGUGCAGGGCUACAAGUUCAACAUCUUCUACCCAGACCUGAUCGACAAGCGCUCCACGCCGCAGUACUUCCUGGAGCCCUCCCAAGACAACCGUGACUUUGGGGUGCUGCGCUUCCACGCGGGGCCCCCCUACGAGGACAUCGCGUUCAAGAUCGUCAACCGCGAGUGGGAGUACUCGCACCGCCACGGGUUCCGCUGCCAGUUUGCCAACGGGAUCUUCCAGCUCUGGUUCCACUUCAAGAGGUACCGCUACAGGAGAUAGGCGCCUGCGUGGACUCUGCAGGGCAACUGCUGGGGUUUUGUGGUGGGGGUGGGGGAUAGAUAUUCGCGGUUCAUCCACAGUUGUUGCUGACUUCUGAUUUAACUCGGGGAGGGGCUGAAGCGGUGAUUUGAUGUUUUUUUUUCAUCAGAAACUGAUGCCAUCUCCAAAUAGAGAAUCACGUUUUUCAUUUUGUGACUUGCAUCCGUCUGAUCAGAUGUAAGGUUGUACGGUUUUUUGGAAGCAUUAUUGGACUUCUUUAUUAAUAAUUUUUUAUUAUUAAUAAAAAGAACUAAAUGAAA